AUGAACAGCUUGCGACCGGACGCAGUCAUCAUCUGGGCCGACUUAACCAAGUUCGGUCGGCUACAGAAAGAUGAUCUCGACAACAUUACGGAAGCCAUCCGCAACCUUCUCCAGCACAACCCCCAGAAGAUGGUUGGGGUGAUCAUCGUCCGACGACUGGAAGACAAAUUGGAUGCUAAGUUCUUGCUCAACACAUCGAUCAGCAUACGGAUGGACGAGCCUCACUUCAAUAAGAAGCAAGCCCUGCUCUACCCGGGACUUGUCUGUUGGCCGGAUGGGGUUUCCGAGCACAUCUUCGCUGAGAGCAAGCUGGUGGUGGAUAGGUCUUUCAGUGAAGUCCAGGAAGCGGCCCAACGCCUGGGCGGGACCCACAUGCCGGCCACCGAUGUGACCGUGCUGAAGUACAGCGAGCGAAUGGUUGCCCAAUACCUCCUAGAGGAUUGGAAAACCGGCCGGAACCUCGUGGGAGCUGCUGCCUACGAUCCAGAGCCACAACUUCGAGACGCAAGCGAGGGGAUGCCAGUGGAUCCUACGUUCCACCAUGCGAGCAUGAUGACCGGGGAGGAUGGUAAGCUAGUGCUCUCGCUUCCAGGGCCGCUACGCGGCAAGUGGAGCGACGAUCCCCACCGCAAGAAGGAGUGGUCAGAUGCAUUGGCCAAGUUCGAUCAGCUGCACACCACCUCCUCUACCGAAGCCCCGUCGGCAGCAUCAGCUGAGCCGCCAACAUCCAGCGAGCAAGCCCAAGAUCAAGGAUGGUCCUCGGAACCGGGCACAUUGACUGAACUCGAUGCAAAGUACGACACUUUGAUGUCGUGCCCGGGACGCAACCCUACGACAAUGCUCACGUUGGUCCAGCAGAAGGGCCAGGUUGCAAAUGCCGAUGUCACCAUACCGGAUCACGAGUUUCAGCUGGCACACGAUCGGGCCAGCUUCGUGGCUGGACAGAAGGCGACCGCGGCACCCCAGCCAUCGAGUCUGGCAACCCCGAAAAAGGCCGCAGCACCCCAGCCAUCGAAUCUGGCAACCCCGAAAAAGGCUGCCGCGAAAAGCACUGAGUAUGGGUCGACGGGCAAGGAGACAGACGACAAGUGGAAAAUGUUCCGCCGCAAAGACACCGCUUCUUCUGUGGCAUCUACACCUGCCUGCAAGAGGAAGCUGACCGAUCCUCUCCUGAAGUCACCAGACUUGGGAUCCUGCGAGGAGACUGAAUCCACGGAAGCUCUCAUGAAAGAAGCCGAAGAUGUGAGUGAGAUGCUCCAGAAGUCGCUUUCCGUUUCCAAGAGCAAGCCGUCGACGGAAAAGGAGAAGCCCCGCAAGAAUGAGAAGCCCCAGGAGGAUGAGGAGACCCCAGAAGACCCGACGGGUGAUCGUGCCGAAGAUGAUGAGUCGGGCCCGAAGCGCAGCGAGGACAAGCCCGAGGAGCCGACUUUCUCCAGCCUGGUCGCUGGCAUAGUGCAGCCUGCCGAGGGCAAAAGAAAGGCGAAGGCCAAGGCCAAGAAUAAGGCAAAGGCUAAGGCCAAGCCUGAGGAUCAGAAGGACCACAAGGGCUCGAGUGGUACUAGUGCCGGCAGCCAAGCACCCGAUGAGGAGGCAACCGGUGGCAAUACGAAGACGGCUAAGCGGGCCCUAGACAAGGAGAAGACCGAGAAGAAGCCACUCAAGGAGAGUGCCUUGAGAAACACGUGGAAUGACUUUCGCAGGGACUAUGUUGAGAAGCACAAGGGCUUCGGCAAGACGAUCCAAACGUUGUUCAAGGAAGCUGCCGAGGCCCUUCUCAAGGAGCCGACGAACCUCGUGUGCGAGUGGAAGUCGGAUGAUGAGCCAGUGGUCCUGGAAGUGGCAGAACCCGGGACGAGACGCUUGAAGGAUGCCCCGAUAUCCUCGAUGAGGCAGCUUCUCGUCGAGAUGGAGCAGCAGGGAGUAGUCGAUCUUACCGUGAACUCCCACCAGAUUGAGCGCACAGGCGAAGCUGACCGCUUCAAGAUCAAUGCAGACCCCGAGCAAAUCCCUUUGGUGUUCAAGUAUGUCAAGAAGUCGCAAGCCGAGCAGUUCAAGUUCACGACAGGGGCCAGCUAUUUCACGAACAAGGAUCUGACCUCCUCUAGGGCACUUCGCCUCGUUUGGCGAGUGUCUUACUCCGCCGAUGAAGAGGUCUGUUGCUGGGAGACGCGGUCUCCGAUGGAGGCGGGUUACGUGGUAGACGAGGAAGGGAUUAGCCCCAUCUUUCUGAAUGUGCCGCUAGCCGAGGACCUACAGACCAUGAUCAACAGGUACGCAGGAGAUGGCAAAAACAGUAGCCCCAUUCGACUUCAGGAGCUGCUUUUGAUCCCUGCAUAUGAAGGCGUGGGGUCAACCAUGACCUGGCACUCUUUCAAGCUUCGAGCUGGCGUGGUCCAUCUCGGGGAGAUCAAUGACCCGUUGAUCACAGGCAAUUGCUAUCUCUUGUUGCUCGAGCGGCAGCAGGACUUCUUUCGAAACGCGCCCAUGUCCGACAUUUCUUCAAAACGCGGCGAAGCCCCGAGCCAGCAUGGUGGAGAUUCUCCCCAGAAGCGUCCUAAGAGUGGAGCAACUCCCUCAUCCAAGGGACAAGGCAAGGGCAAGCAAGCAGGGCAGCGGCGCAGAGAAGGAAAGCCGUCAGAAGCAGCCGACGAUGACCUCGUGAAUGCUGUGGCUAGGCUCGUCUUACGGCAUGACGAGCAGCUCUUAGCAUUGACAUCUGACCUCUGCUACAUAUCCUAUGUCCGAACAGAUGCUCAUUCAGUAUUGCAAGAGCUUCAUGAGGAGAGCAAACGUCACAGAGGCAUGAUGGCUCCCCCAUCUCCCCCGAGACACGCGCUCACGCUUCGAUUCUUCAAGGCUCUCAAGGACAGAGUCGUGAAGGUCAGCCAGUCCGAGACAGUGCAGCAGAAACUCAAGCAAGAGGGCGUGAUGACUCUGCAUGGGGAAUGGCCGUACUUUGAAUGGAGUUCGGGCAGUCAAUCCAUGGUAGAAUCCUUGGAGGACCCUCUGAGCACGUCGCAGCUGCUCUCGGGGCUGGGCGAUGUCAUUUCCCGGCUGGAAGCCGACUCGACUCAGGUGACCAUGUUUAAGACGUCGCGACCCAUAGGCGACAACAUGACGGGAGGAGCAGGCUUGACAAUCGCAUGUUUAGUGCUCGAGGAGUCUGUAUACGUGGAGUUGCUCCCGUCAGGCCAGUGUGCCCUGAUCAUAGAUCAAUAUGCCCAGCCAGUUCGAGCCUGUGUUUGCGGCAUUCUUUAUUUAUUGCAGCCUGUGCAUCUCAAGAGCUCCCAGCAACUCUCCCUGCCCCUCGCGAUCAUGGCCUAUCGUCUCCAGCCUACCCGUCUUGUGGAGGUACUCCUCCCAGUUUUGGCAGCGCUGUAUCAUGAGACAGAGGUUGCAGCCGGUAGUGAGUCACUCCCCGGCUCGUACAUCACGCAGGUGCAGACUUUGAUUGAUGCGAAGAUGGUGAAGAUCAAAGCGCAGUUGUUUCUGCUAGCGGUGGAGCUACUCCCCGCGGACAAACUCAAGCGCCUGCACUUGUACUGCGAGUCCCUUAGGGGGUACGAUGAGUGGCAGGAGAUCAAGCUUCAGCGGCGACACAACCUCGGCCAGCUGGCGAUGACGUAUUACGCGAUGGCUAAGUCGCGUGAGCCCACUGAACUGGGCUGGUCGAGGUUGGCAGGCUUCCUUUACGAUCUGGAAGGCGUGAACGCCGAGGUUGUACGCCAGGGCUACUUCAGGGAGGACGCUGUGUUCAACGCGGCGAUUGCUGAGUGGGACCUCAAGCUCAACGAACUCCUCAAUGCGGUGGAGAAACUCCCCUUUGUGCAGAGCUUUAGAGGAGGCACUCCCAAGAGCGGCGGAGCAACGCCACACUUCCGAGGAGUUACUCCCGGUGAGGAGGAUUUCCGUCAAUGUCCAGAUCAUUGUAUGGAUCUCACGGAAGGAUCGGAGGAGGAGGGCGUGUUCGCCGGGUCGCUGAACAGAAUCCUUGAGGAGCCAGACAUGCAUCCAGCUGAGCCAAUAGCGAACCAGUUCCCUCAGUACGCACAAGCCGGAGAACUUGCUCCGAUGACCUUCACCACAGGACCAUUGGGCAGCAUCAUGGAUGUCACCUCUCCGAUACGCUUUAGCCCGUCUCAACAGCAUGCUACAAUGCCGUGGCAUGGUGACAGGCUGGUCUUGGUUGCCUUUCAUGUCCGUCACCUAGCCAACCUGCCGGUUGAAGAUCUGGUGGAUUUGACGGACUGCGGCUUCAGCAUAGAUCCGGGAGGGAUGUCACAGCAGGAUGACUCCUACCGCGCGGAGUACGCGGCCUAUUCGGCGCGCCGGGCCGCGGAUGGCCUGCCCAGCGUUUCUUAUAGAAACUAUUUGCGGCAAUGGCGUCGCUCGGAGGAAGGGCAUGCAGAAAGAGGUGAGCCUCCCAUAGAGAAGGGAGGCAAGGGUGGUAAGGGUGGAGUGACUCCCCCACCACCGCCUCCAAAGAGGCGACAAGAGCUAACAGAGGGUGGAGAUGCUCCCCCUGCAGUCAAGGCCAAAGGAGAGCCGGGAAAGAAGGCCUCUAAAGUGUUGGAGGAAGCUGGCUAUCCGGAAUUUCCUGACUAUGUUCCGACCUGUGGCGGCAGCAUCGCGGACAUUAACCAAGGCAGACUGACAGUGGCGGCCACUAAGCUCAUCGAGGGCCUUAGUCCGUGUACAGAGCCCAACACGGACAUCGCCAAUGCCCUAAUGUCGUCGUUUCUCCGCACACGGAAAGUCCUGGCGGGGGAGGAUAUCUCCUCUAAACUUGGCAGUGCUGUAGCCUUCCCUGGCAAUUGGUUUAAGUUUGCAUACAGUGCUCCGAACCGCCUGGACGCAGAUGCCGAACAGCAGUACGUUGGGUUCCACGGAACCCACUUGGAAUGUUUACACGCAAUCCUCUCGACUGGUCGGCUUCUCCCAAGCGAUCCUGGGAUUCCAGGCACUCGUGCCUUUACAGACAGGAACGGCGUCUACCUACACAGGCCGAUUAACCGGCACCUCGCCGAAAAUUAUAGCUCCCUCACGCGCUACGGCGCGAGACACAUUUUUGUGAAGCCGUGCGUGGAGGUGGUGUACGACAUCCGCGGCGUCAGAGUACUUGAUGGAGUGGUCGAGCACCCUCGAGCUGCCUCUGCACGCAGCGCGCUCGGCCUGGGGGAUCGCUUGUCAGUGCAUGCGACGACUAUGGGACCCCCGGGUGGAGACACUCCCCUGGGAACUGCCAAGAGUGGAGAUACUCCCUCUAGCUCCUCUGAGAUUGCGCCACAUGGGUCCUCUGCUCGCUCCGAUGGCAAAGCUCGAGACAGUGGGGCCCUUGCCACAGUUGAGGAGGCGAUCCCGGAGGUCCAGGAAUGGCUUGGCGAAGAGGGGUCGCUUGGUUCUUUCCGGGAAUCUGCGAAGAAUCCAGAGAGCCAGCUGGCAUUUGAGAUCUCCAAAGGUCUAGCAGCAUGCCUUCGCCACAAUCACAAGCCGCGCAUACACGUCAACGAAGCGGGAUGGGCACGACUGUCUGAGGUGCUCUUCUGGCCUCGCAUUGCUGAGACCUCCGCCUCUGCCGGGGACAUUCUGGAGGUGGUACGCAGUAAUCGAAAACAGAGAUACCAACUGGGACUCCAAGUCGAUGGCCCUUACUUCAUUCGGGCUGUACAAGGCCAUUCCAGAACAGAGGUUGGCGAAGAGAAUCUGUUGGAACCAGUGUCGGAGGAGCAACUCCCCGACACGCUGCUACAUGGUACCUCUUGGAAUGCUUAUGAAAGCAUCCAGCAAAGGGGGCUUCUUCCUGGCAGGGCACAGACGAAAGGUGGCAAAGGAGGCCGUAAGGGAGGCAAGUGGCGCGAAGGGCGGCAGCAUGUGCACUUAAGAAUUCUUUAG